CUGCCCGGCGGAUCCCUCCGCCGCAGCGUGCGCUACCGGUAGCGCCGCGAUCGGCUUUUCGGCAAUACCCGGAUGGAAGCGUAAUGGCCGCCAACGGGGACUCGCAGGCAAUGGGGACCACGACAGAUAUCGUCUCUUCUUUUGACCACUGUUCCUGAUUGUGGCUUUGUCCAAGCAUUAAAUUGCGUGCCUUUUGUUCCUUGAAGAAGGAGCUGGUGCUAGCAACUCCCAGCUCGGCCCCUGGACCUAGCUCAAAACUCUGGAUUCAUUCUCUUCCUUCCCGUACCUCAGCCCGAGCUUUCUGUCUCCCCAAAGGGUACCACAUGAUCUUCCUCUCAAGUCCUCACUUCCUCGAAUCCCAAGUGGGCAGUUGGAAGAAGGAAAUCAAACGGCUUAAGUUGCCACCUUGAUGCAGGAAACUCUCCAGGUUACUUGAAAGGGUCAGGCAUACUUUAUGCAAAUAGUAUUACUUCAAGGCUUGAUGAGAUGUUGGUUAAGUCUUAUGAGGUAGUAAUAUGUAGAGAGAGGACAGUAGUUUCAAUGGCAGAUUUAAAAUCGGUAAUCUUUUUGGUAAGGUAAAGAUUGAACUGUAGUGAAAAGAGCAUUAGCUAGUAGGUUGGAAGAUUAUAAUUCCUCAUUCUUUUUUUUAUGUUUUCUGAUGUGUUCACAACACAAUACAUUUUUUUGCCCAUAGGUGGUAACCAUAUUGUAAUUUGCUACCAGGUGUCGUCUUUGAUUGCUUCUGCAUACUUAGGUUGAACAUAGUUAAAGACAAAUAGAUUUUCCCCAUUUCAAAUUUGAGGGUGAAAAACCCCAAACUACCUAAAAUACACAAACCCCCCCAAUGCUGUAUUGUACAUGCCAUACAUUAAAUAUAAAAAAAUACUGAUACUCAGUAUUGAUUACUUAGCAGUUACUAAACUUAAGUAAAAUCUAAGUGGAUUUCUUAAUAAGGUGGUCCCUUUUAUUAAUUGUUUUGCCUAUGAGGAAAGGACAUGCACUUUAAUGGAUGGAAUUUGUGAACUCUGUUUUUUCUGCCAUGUAUCCCACUUAAUUAUUUUCUAUUCUUUGUGUCCUGGAACGGUGAGGUUGCUGAAAUGUCAACUCUGAACAAGCAAUGUAUUAAUGUAUAUGUCCUGCCUCUUCCUUUAGAUUGUAAGCUGCAGUAGGGUAGAGACCAUGUUUUUGACUCUUUCCAUAGCACCCAGCAAAAUGCCUCACAAUCAUAGUUGUUAUUUAUUAGUAAGUUUUGGUUGGUUGACUUGUUUAAAAUCCUAUUUUUAAACUGGUUGCCAGACUCUGGGGUAUGUGUUAUGUUAUAAGAAAAAUUUUAAAUUUUACAGAUAUUUUGAAAUGGAAUUGAUGAUAUUUAGAAAUCCUAUCAAUCUAUUUUUAGCAUUACCUAUAUAUUUUGGGACACAUGUACUGUUACCACAAGAAACAAUUUGCCUUUUAUAAUAAAACCCACGAUAUAGUCUCCUCUUGAUUACAUGUAUAAUAGAAAGGCUUGAGUAUGGAUGGUCCAGAGUGACCAUAAUAUGAUAUUUAGGCAAAUGGGGAAGAACCAUUAUAGGUGUUCUUAAAAGUUUCACAUGUUUGAAUCUCACCCUCAGAUUCUGGUAUGGGGAAAACUCCAUAGGUGAUUAUGAUGCUGGUCACUGUUGAGAAUGUGACAGUCUGCAGGGAAUCUUCUCAGUUGGUGUGGAGUAUCCACCAGAUGAAGAAACGAAGACAGAGAUUGAGACUUGUCUAGAGUAACACAAACCAAUGACAGAACCAAGGUGCAGAGAAGUCGAAGCCUGCCUGGUGUCCCAGAGAGUGGCUGCAGGUAGAGCUUGUAGCUGCUGACUUCCUGAUUAGCGCCAUCUCUGCUUUCAACUCUUACCUCUUGGUGAGUUAAUGUGGGAAAAAUCCUCGUAUUUUGAAGAUGUCUUGCAACAGUAUUGUUUCCUGUUUAAGUUACAAGUAACUUCAGUUUUUAGAGAAAAAAGAAAUUGGGGUUUUCUGUUAAAUCAUGCCAUCUGAACAGAAACAGUUAUUUUUUGAUGAAAAACAAACUAUUUUAAAAAAAGAUUAUGAUGUGAAAAAUGAGAUAGUUGAUACUAUUAGAUCAGUGCUUAGGCCAAAAAUUUCAGAAAGUCGUUUUCAUUAUGAACUAAAAAAUGUGAAAAUCGAUUUGCCGAAGAUAAAUAUUCCAAAUGAAGUCUUUUUGAAACAUGAAGUUGACAAAUACAGAAAGUUAUUUCAGCGUCAACCACAGACUGCAAGAAAAUCUAUCAGUAUAAAGACUGUAAGCUGUGUAGAGGAGUGUAUGCUGCUCCAGAAGUCUGAGAGAGUUGAAGAAGAGGGUUUAAAAAUGUCGGCAAAAAUACUCAAUUUCAACUGUUUAAAAUGCCGAGAUAGCACUCGAUAUAGCCCAAAUGAUUUACAGAAACACUUUCAGAUGUGGCACCGUGGUGAAUUACCUUCAUAUCCUUGUGAAAUGUGCAGUUUUUCAGCAAAUGACUUCCAGAUAUUUAAACAACACAGACGGACACACAGAAGCACUUUAGUAAAAUGUGACAUUUGUAACAAUGAGAGUGUGUAUACUUUAUUAGACUUGACAAAGCAUUUUACAUCCACACAUUGUGUAAAUGGUAAUUUUCAAUGUGAAAAGUGCAAAUUCUCCACCCAGGAUGUUGGCACAUUUGUUCAGCACAUUCAUAGACAUAAUGAAAUCCAUUAUAAAUGUGGUAAAUGCCAUCAUAUAUGUUUUACCAAAGGAGAGCUUCAGAAGCACCUUCACAUUCAUUCUGGUACAUUUCCCUUCACUUGUCAAUAUUGUAGCUAUGGUGCCACUAAGAGAGAGCACCUCGUAAGACAUGUUAUAACUUUGCACAAAGAACACUUAUAUGCGAAAGAGAAACUGGAAAAAGACAAAUAUGAAAAAAGGAUGACAAAGACUUCAGGACUUAAGCUGAUACUGAAAAGAUACAGAAUAGAUGCAUCAAGGAAGACAUUCUGGAAACGCAAGAAGAUCAACAAUGGAAGCGACCGAAGUAUAGAAAAAAACACUCAAGUGCUAAAAAAACUGAACAAAACACAGGCUAAAUCUGAAGACCAGAGCCAUCUUGUUCAAGAACAUUUAAAUGAAGAAAAGGACGAAAGACCACACUGUGAGAAUAAUGAUAAACCUGCUGAGUUAGGGUCAGAAAAGCCAACUCUUCUGUCCACUGGGCAAUAUAAUAGAGCUGAAGAGGGAUCACAUUCGACUCUAGGUUUCUUGAAGACUGCUGUACAAGGACCUACAGUGUUGAUGGUGAAAAAUAAUAGAAUAACAAUUCCUGCUAACUACAGUGCUGAUUUUAUGGGUUUUAAGAUGGUGGAUGGAAAACAACAUAUUGUAAUAAAAUUGUUGCCUACCAGUAAACAGAAUUUAUAUUCACCAGGCUCACAGCCAGAUGCUGCAAAGGAUGGUACUGGCAAUUUGCAGCCCCAGACACUGGACACUACUGGAUUUUUAGCAGGAGUAACAACUGAGUUAAGUGACACCGUUUACAUGAAAGCAACUACUCCAUUUUCAUGCUCAUCUCCUCUACUUUCAGGGAAAGUCCUAUCAGAAAAAGAAAUGGCUUUGCUAUCUCAAACGGGUAAUAUGCUUCAAACAGUGGAUGAUGAAAAAAGUGUGUCGUCUUUGUCAGCAUCAGGAUUGGUUACAGCACCAGUGAAUUUGGCCACAAAAGUUGAAACAAAAGAUAAUAUUGACUUAUGGGGAAGUUACAUUCCUCAGAGUCACCCUGAGAUAUCAGGUGCUGCCAUUAGAAGUCCAGAUAAAGUCAACUCUGCUACCAAACAAAAUGCAUACAACAGCGGAGAUAUGCAUAACUAUUGCAUUAAUUAUGUCAGCUCUGAGUUACCUGUUGAAUCUUCCAACCACGGAUCAUUACCCUUUCAUAAUUACUCAAAAGUAAAUAAUUCUAAUAAACGUCGUAGGUUUUCAGGAACAGCAGUGUCUGAAAAAGAACCCUCAUCAAGCAAAACGGUUGUUCAACAACCAAUAAGUGAAUCGGUUUUAUCUUUGGUGCGAAAGGAGAGCUCAAAUCCAGAUAGCAUGUUAGCAUCUCUUAGCCUGUUAAAUACUAAAGAUGGAACUUUAAAAAUGCAAGCUGAAAUUGAAGAACAAUGUGUGUUAGAAAAAGGACGAAACAUUGACGGACAGAACUUCUACACUAAUGAAAAUCAAAAUUUAGAGAAUAUGACUGAAAAAUCUAAGUGGGAUGACAUUUCUAAUGUUGAGUCACCUAUGAUGCCUAGAAUCACAUCUGUUUUCUCUCUCCACAGCCAACAGGCAUCAGAAUUUUUGCCCCCUGAAGUAAACCAGUUACUUCAGGAUGGGUUAAAAACAAAAUCUGAUAUAAAACAGGACUCUAGUAAGACUCCAGAUAAAGGCCUGCCACUUCAUUGUGACCAGUCAUUUCAGAAACCUGAGGGAGAAGGCAAAAUAGUUGAAUCUUCAAAAGACUUCAAAGUACAAGGCGUCUUCCCAAUUCCUUCUGGUGGUAUAGGGAUUAAUGUGCCUAUAAAUGAUCUGAAUUUAAAGUGUAGUGGAAAAGAAAAACAAAAUCUGUCAAUAUCACAAGAUGUGAGAGAUUCAGAAAAGGCACCUAGAAUUUCAGGUAUUGGCACGUUACUUAAGACUCAGUCAGAUGCAAUAAUAACACAGCAGCUCGUAAAAGAUAAACUGCGAGCCACUACACAAAAUUUAGGUUCUUUAUAUAGGCAGAGUCCACUUCUAAAUUCAGAACCAAAAAAAGCUAUAUUUGUUCAGACUCCAAAAGGCUUUUUUGUACCACUGCACAUUGCUAACAAGCCUGGAUUACAUGUUGUUUCAGGAAGACCACUUCCAUUGGUUAACACACAAGGUGUACCUGCUUCUCUUCUUUUAAACAAGAAACCCGGGAUGAUUUUAACAUUUAAUCAUGGGAAACUUGAAGGUGUUUCCACUGUCAAAACUGAGAGUGCUCAAGCUUGUGGAACUACAGCUAAGGAGCCUUGCAGAACACCUUUUUUAAAGGUGGAACCAAACAGUAAUUGUCUGACACCUGCACUAUGUUCCAGCAUUGGCAGUUGCUUGAGCAUGAAAAGUAGUUCCGAAAAUACUUUGCCAUUAAAAGGCCCAUACAUUAUUAAAACGUCAGCAAGUUCUUCAGUGAAAGCUGUUCCUACUCCUAAUGUAGCUUCUGAGCACCAGGGCACCAAGUUGAAUAUUUUGGAAUCAGUAAAACAGCAGAACGAGAUUUUUCCCAAACCACCUCUUUAUACCCUCUUGCCUGAUGGCAAACAAGCUGUUUUUUUAAAGUGUGUGAUGCCAAAUAAGACUGAGCUGCUUAAGCCUAAAUUAGUCCAAAAUAGUACGUAUUAUCAAAACAUACAGCCAAAGAAACCUGAAGGAACACCACAAAAAAUAUUGCUGAAAAUUUUUAACCCUGUUUUAAAUGUGACUGCUGCUAACAAUCUGUCUGUAAACAACUCUGCAUCCUCAUUGCAGAAAGACAAAGUACCAUCUAAUCAGACUACAGGAGGAGAGCAGAGAGAGCCAGAAUCUUCUAGAGAUGCCUUACCCUUCUUACUAGAUGAUAUGAUGCCAGCAAAUGAAAUUGUGAUAACUUCUACUGCGACAUGCCCAGAAUCUUCUGAGGAACCAGUGUGUUUCACUGACCGUUCAGACACCAGGGUGUUAAGGUGUAAAACAAAUUGUACAAUUGAGAGAAGCUUCGAUAGAAAAAAGACUUCCAAAAAAAAUUUUCCAAGAAUAAAAACUCAUGUAAGAAGUAAAGAUUCUGAAACUGCCUUUGUACCUAGAAACAGGAACUGUAAACGAAAGUGUAGGGAUAGUUACCAAGAACCUCCAAGAAAAAAGGCAACAUUACAUAGAAAGUGUAAAGAAAAGGCAAAACCUGAAGCUGUCCGUGAAUCGUUUGGAUUUAGCAGACCGAGGCUUUCAAAAGAUGCAGUCAGAACUUUGCGGCUUUUCCCAUUUAGUUCCACGCAGCUUGUGAAAUGUCCUAGGAGAAACCAGCCAGUUGUAGUUUUGAAUCAUCCUGAUGCAGAUGCCCCAGAAGUAGUAAGUGUAAUGAAAACUAUUGCUAAAUUUAAUGGACGUGUACUUAAGGUUUCAUUGUCAAAAAGAACUAUCGAUGCUUUACUGAAACCGGUUUGUGGUAAUGCUUCACAAACAAUUUAUGAUGAUUUUUCCAAGAGGCAUAAAACAUUUAAACCUGUUAGUUCUGUGAAAGAAAGAUUUGUGCUAAAAUUAACACUCAAAAAGAUGAGCAAAAACAAUUAUCAGAUCGUGAAAACUACCUCUGAAAAUGUUCCAAAAGCUAAAUUUAACUGUUGGUUUUGUGGUAGAGUAUUUGACAAUCAGGAUGCUUGGGCUGGUCAUGGGCAGAGACAUUUAAUGGAGGCUACUCGUGAUUGGAAUAUAUUAGAAUAAUUUACUGUAGUUACCAAGGAACAGAGAAGUAAAAGGGUCUUAGAAGAAAACAGUGGGUUGAAUUACCUUAAGGUAAUUGUCUACUUCAGUAUAUACCUAAAAUUGAACAUCGGAAAGUAGGCUGUAUUUCCAUGGGAGACUAGAAAAGUUUUAUGUGUGAUAGUUGCAAAUGCUGUCACUGCACACAUAAGUUUUGAAAGAAACUAAUCACAGCACAGAUGUACCUUGAUUUAGUUUUUUUUAAGUGUGUUCUUGGGAAGUUAGGGCUAAAGAAAAUUUUGAUAAAACAGUUUUCCCAGUUUAGUUUAUUUAGGGACUCUUAGUAGAGGGUAACGGCUGACAACUGCAUUCCCUCUCUUCUUCCACCAGCCUUAGGAAUCUGAUAAGUGUAGCUCCUCUGAAGAUGGAGAGAGCUCUUUCACCAUGGAGCUGAAGCAGUUCCUCAUCAUUUGUGAAGAUAUACUAAGAGAGCUUGAGUAAAGAAUUUAACUUUACAUCUGCUCGAUAGAGCUGUUUUGAAGGGUAUUAGGUUCCUUAAAGUAACUAAGUACAGUUAUACCUCUUGAUGCUUGAAGAGAGUUUUUGACAAGUACAUCUUUUUUUCUCUUACGCUGUGUCCCACAUCAAGGAUUGGAAUACCCUCCCAAGGUGAUUUUCUUUUUCUAAAUGGCUGUGUCAAGCACUGUAGUAGAUGAGAAGCCUCAAAAGAAGAAUUAAACUCUCUGCGUCUAGUUUGAAGUCUAGUGAAGGAACUUGAACAUUUUUCUGAAUUUGAUGAUAAUCUCCAGUGAUUCUCUUGCACAGAACUAUGCUUAUUUGAUUUAAAUUGUUUGUCCCUCUUAAACCAGAUGGCCCAUUUUUGACUUGGUUGCCAUGCAUUUAAAAAGUGGACCAUAGACGCACUUCCAAGGGAAUGGCUUUUCUUGAAAAUAAAAAAUUAUUCUCCAGAAACCAUAUUUUAAAACAAGAUUAGCAAAGCAAAUCAGAUUUUUGCUGUUUAAUUACUGUUAGGUGUCUGAACAUGUACACUCUGGGACAAACCAUUUUUGUUAGCACCUUUUCAGUAUGAUUGACAGCCCAAAGCAGAUUCUUUACUGCUUGUUGGCAGUUGAAAUAAAGAAGCAUUAAUAGUGGAUUCAGUGACAGUGCAUAAAAUUUCAGGAUAGAUUCCUAGGGGACAUACCCAGCAGGUAGGGUUUUAAAAUGGAUAUUUUCAUGACAACGACAGAAUCAUUGACUGAAACUUCACCGUGUAAGUUUGGAUCAAAUUUUGUUGGAUCAUUGGAUAACGGAGUCCUUGUAUUACAAAUUACUGUAUAAUUUUUGUUAUAUUGUUACUACAAGUGUUACAACAUUUUCAUUGACUGAAAACUUCAGGGCUUCUUUUCUGUAUAUAAGAAAGAAUUUAAACCUGUACAUAUUUUUGUACCUUUCAGUUUGUUAUGUAAAUUUUGCACAGAAAAUUUUUGACAUAAAAAGUUUAUUUUCCUUCAGUUUAGUUCUGUGCAUGCACUAAUAAAACUGGUUGUUUAAUUUAAAAGGAAUAUGUAAGACUUUACCCAUGUCCUUUUCUUGGUUUUUAUUUUAGAUGUAGAAUUUUUUUUUUUUUUGGGUAAAUUCAUUUUUCAGGGAUUGAACACUAUUGUUAGCAAGUGCCUAAAAGAUGUGAAACAGUUUACAUAUGUCAACUGUAACAGUAGGUCCCAAAUGGGCCCAUUCCCCCAAAAGUUUUAUUUUAAAGAAAGCCAUACAUAGAUGCUUCAAGCUAUCUUGCUAUGCACAUUAUACAUGUACUUUUUUUGUGCAGUUUGUCUACUUUCCUAGUGAAGUAUUUUUUGUAUAAAAUCUGUUAUAAUUGUGUUUCUUAAAUUGAGCCUAAGAAUGGAGUUGAUUGGAAAUAUACAGUAUAUAUUAAUAACGUAUAUGGUGUUUAAAGAAUGAUAAGCAUUGUUAAUUUCUGUAAUGAAAAUUUUCUUCAAUUAAAUUUAUCUUAAGUUUGUGUUUA